AUGAAACGGGCGUUCUCUAGACUCUGGGCUUUUUCACCAAAACAACGACAUCAGAUUCUGACGCAAAGAAUUGUGGAGCGAGCCACGAUUCUUUGGAGUAGCAGAAGUCUAGCAGCGAUUGCUGCUACUGGAAUCGGAGUUUCAAUUGGCGCUUACCAAUUCAUUAAUACAGCAAAAGCUGGAAUUUUAGAUGGACCCGACGAUGCAUCCCGGCACAAUGUCCAAACCGAUCAUAAGCUCACAAAACGAGAACUUCGAUUCCUUCAAUUUGCUUCUGUUGAAUAUGACGAUGUUAUCUACAUGAGCCCCAUGGAUUUCAUUGAUUCUCUAACUUUGGAUGCUCCAAGAGAACGUGUCUAUCGACGAGUUCUGAAGGAGAAGGAUAUCAAUCGAAUACUCAAGAAGACGCCUCCAUUCCGAAGUGGAAGCAAACACUUUUUUCGAACCAUGGAUCAGAGUGGAAUAAUUUCCUACUCGGAAUACAUAUUUUUACUGACACUUUUGACUAAAUCUAAAUCGGCAUUUCGUAUUGCAUUUUUGAUGUUUGACGAAGAUGAUAACGGUAAUAUAGAUCGUGAUGAAUUCAUGUUGAUUCGUAGUCUAACGUCUUCACUUCGCUCAACGACACGUGUGCAACCGAAAUCAGGAGAAGUGGACGAUUCUUGCCAACUCGACGCCGGCGAUUAUCACUUUGCUGUGAGCCGAAUCGGAGCAGAUCGCUUGUUCACUGGAGCUGAUUCGUAUGCCGUUAUGUUCACUCGAAGAAGAGGUACGCAAGCAAGACACCACACUGCUUCUCCAUUUGUUCGGAUUGGAGGUAAUGCCACAUUGAGUUUCGACGAGUUCCAACAGUUCUACGAGAAUUUGCAAGAGGAGCUUAUGGAAAUCGAGUUCUAUGAAUUCGCGCGUGGAAAGAGCACCAUCUCUCCUGUGGAUUUCGCUCGUCUCAUACUUCGAUACAGUAUCGUCAACUUCGACGACUACCACAAAUACCUCCAAAGAGUUCAGGAGAAGUCUUCAGAUGAUGAGCAAGGAAUCACUCUGCACCAAUGGGCCACGUUCAGUCGAUUCCUUAACAACUUGGCCGAAUUUCAAAGCGCCGUCCGUUUAUAUGUCAACAGCAAUGUGCCAGUCUCCGAACCGGAAUUCGCUAGAGCUGUUGGAUGUACAAUCGGGAAAGAAUUGGAUCCGGUGGUUGUUUCGAUGAUAUUCCGAAUCUUCGACGAAAAUAACGAUGGGACACUUUCCUAUCCGGAAUUUUUGGCCGUAAUGAGUGAUCGUCUUCAUCGUGGACUCCGUGGAAGACUCGAGAAACCAUGGGGUUGGAAACCAUUCAAGAAUUGUGUAAUUAGUGAAGUAUCCCGUGCCUAA